CCAGCCCUCGCCGGUCCGAGGCCAGCAGGGGCGCGGGGCUGUGCCCGGUGUGAUGUUUUUGGGGACCGUCCCCCGGCCCCGCUGCGGAGCCGCCGGCACGCCGCGGCCGCUACAGAUGGUUCCAUGAGAAGGUUGCAGCUCUUCUUCCCGGUUAAGCCCCGCAGCCACGUCUCUAAUUACAGCUUUGAGGCCGGCGUGCGGCUCCAGAGGGAGAAGGAGCGCUGCAGUCACUUCGGAUGAUUCGAGGCUGAGCGCUCUCGCGGCGGAAUGCUGGCGGCACGCACCGGGACCGUGGGCGGCAAGAGCGCCGACGAGUCCCUGAAGCUGAGGAAGCAGUCGGUGCUGUCCCUGGGCAGCCGGGACAGAGCCCUGAAGAGCUCGGCCGAGGGCAGCAAGGAGGGCCGGGCCCGGGCCGGGCAGCCCCAGCAGCGGGCGCGGCGCCUGGCGCUGCUGCGGGAGCUGGAGAUGAACUGGUACCUGCGGGUGUGCGAGCUGUCCCACGAGUUCACCAUCGCCUACACCACCGGCAUGCCCCACAGAAACCUUGGCAAGUCCGGGCUGCGAGUGUCGUGCCUGGGGCUGGGUGAGUACCUCUGGCCCCUGUGCCAGCCCUCCGGGGCAGCUGUGGGACCCUCUGGUGUGCCCCGUCCCUGCGAGGAGCAGGCCGAGGUGAUCCUGGGGAACAUCCUGAAGAAGAAGGGCUGGAGAGCAGAGACGGAGCGAGGCCUUUCCAGGAAACACAUCAUCGAAGGGCUGAAGGCUUCUCUCCAGAGGCUGCAGCUGGAAUAUGUGGACGUGGUCUUUGCCAACCGGCCGGACAACAACACCCCCAUGGAAGAAAUCGUGCGGGCGAUGACACACGUGAUCAACCAGGGCAUGGCCAUGUACUGGGGCACGUCCCGCUGGAGCGCCAUGGAGAUCAUGGAAGCCUACUCCGUGGCCAGGCAGUUCAACAUGAUCCCCCCCGUGUGUGAGCAGGCCGAGUAUCACCUGUUCCAGAGGGAGAAGGUGGAGGUGCAGCUGCCAGAAUUGUAUCACAAAAUCGGGGUGGGAGCAAUGACGUGGUCUCCCCUGGCCUGUGGGAUCAUCUCAGGGAAAUACGGCAACGGGGUCCCUGAAAGCUCAAGGGCUUCACUCAAGUGCUACCAGUGGCUGAAGGAGAAGAUCAUCAGCGAGGAGGGCAGGAAGCAGCAGGGGAAGCUGAAGGACCUGUCCCCCAUCGCCGAGCGCCUCGGCUGCACGCUGCCACAGCUGGCUGUUGCAUGGUGCCUGAGGAAUGAGGGGGUGAGCUCUGUCCUUCUGGGAUCCUCCAACCCCGAGCAGCUGAUCGAGAACCUCGGAGCCAUCCAGGUCCUUCCAAAGAUGACAUCCCAUAUUGUAAAUGAAAUAGAUAAUAUCCUGGGCAACAAGCCCUACAGCAAGAAGGACUACAGAUCCUAAUGCAAUGCAUGAAUUUCCUGGACUGCAUGGUUUAGAAGUGCUCUGUACUCCAGUACAGCCCUGAAUUACUCUCAUGAGAAUCAUUCAGCACUUGCUGCUCGGUGUCUACUGUCACUGGAUCCUUCGAGAUGUGUGCUCUUGCUACUACUCUGCAGUGAAUUUAAAAGCACAGUUGAUCUCUCUUCUAACCAAGAAUAACCUUGUAUUUUCUUACCUUCUUGACCGAGUUCAUUAAUUUUUACUUUACUCUUUGCACCUCAUGCUUGUGCUGUGACAAACACUUGUAAAGCAAAAAAAAAAAAAAAAAAAGAAAAAAUUUAUAACCUUCAGGUACUUGGUAAUUAAAGAAGGAUGUACAGAUCUAUUUUUUCAAUGAAGAAAAGCCAGAUACAACUUCAGGUUUUAAUAAAACCAUGUUUGGGAAAUCUCAACUAUAAAGUUUCUUCAGGUUAACAGAUGGAAGGAUCAAGCUCAAACUUUGCUUUUUUUACGCUGAAUAGAAGCUCUAGGAUUUCUUUGUAGUUGAAUGAAGGCUGUAAGACAGAGAACUAGUUAGCAAUUAGAUAGUUCAGCUCCUAAUUUUACAGCUGUUCCAGCUGUGGAGUGCUCCUGGGCAGCACCCUGGAGCAGUGCUAGGAAGCCCAAACACGCAUGUCAGGUUACUGAACACGACAGCUCUGCAAAGUUCUACUUCUCCAUAAACCUUAAGCCAAGAAAGCCAUGAUCAAAUAUUGGGUUUUGCAUCUAUAGAAACCUGCCUCUACUUCUGCCUGCUUGUAGACAGAGCUACUGCAAAUUUCAAUAUUCAGGAGCUUUUAAGGAGCUAGAUACUAUAAAUAUAUACAAUAUAUAGCUGCUGAGAACUGCAGGAACAAUCAGGUACGUACUCCAAAAGGCUACCCCUGCUUCCACUUGCUUUGGAAACGGGGAUAAGUAAAUGCACAGACACAUUUUAAACAGAUUUUUGUGAGCAUUUACAGGAGAUGACAGGAAGAAUUUACGUCCUAAUUCGCCCAGCUCAAGCCCCCGUUGUACCUUCCCGAGGAUUUGCUCUGUACCACGCUCUGAUUUCAGUCUGUAUUUCUCCCGUCCCUGCUGGGACACAGCUCUGUACAGUAUUUGUAGGACCCUUGUACUGCCCCCUGCAGCGCUCACCUGGGCCAGGUGAGCAGCUCCCCACACCUGAGUGGUCUCCUCCUGUAUUUGAAGCUGUGGUGUGUGUAAAUGACUCCUGCUGUACAUGAGAAAUGCAGUCUGACUGGAAUUCUGCUUGGACACAAUAAAAGCAUUUUGUGCAUCU